CUGAGAGAGUAGUGAAAGGAAGCAGGCAGGGAAGAGUCGAGCCUGUUGCUAUGGAGGGGGAAGACGCAACUAGGCCAACUCUGCUGCUGAAUUCUGACAGCGGUGGUAAUAAUGUGGGAGCCCAAGGUGGCCUGCAGAGCCCUAGUAAGGAGUCUGGCGAAACGUGUGUUGCUAAGGAAGUGACGGAGUCGAUAGAGUCUAAAGACUGCGAAACUGUUUUGGCAGGGGGAGUAGGAGCCGGGCAAGCAAAUGACCAGGCGUUGUCUGUCGAGGAAGGUGUGGUGGAAUCCGAGAUGAAAGAUCAUACAACGAAAGUUUUGACAGACAUAGGUGAGCGGGUGGUAGAUUCAGGACAACAAGAUCUGCCAGUGCUUAGUACAUCAGCGACGCCCAUAAAGGCUGAUGCUGGCGAUGUGGCAGGAGAAUCUCAGCAAGUACUUCCCUUAGAUGACUCCAAGGAUGAGAGCAGUGUGUCUAGCAUUCUUAAUGAAGGAGGACAUAGAGAGGAUGUUGGACAUGAAGGCGCAUGCAUCACAUUGCAGGAUGCCAGGGAUGGAACUGGUCAUGCAGCCACAAGUCCUGGAGAUCCGUACUCACCUUCACCGGAGAACCGAGAUGUCAGGGCAGAGUCCACGGAGAGUUCAACCUCAGGGCCCAAUACUGUGGCUCAAGUCCCUCACGGGACUAGUGAAGCACCAGCACCGGUGCCUGAUGGUGUGGAGCCUCAGCCGAUCCUUGUGGAGAAACAAGGUCCUCUUGUGGCCACGAGUGGUGUGUCCGCUGACGAGUCUGCUAAUAAGAAGUCUGCUCCUGCUCAGGAGUCAUACAUGGUGGAGACUGGGCUGGCUUCGCCCAUGGAACAGAAGUUAGCAGAAGUUCCAGAGGACAAGGCCCAAGAGGAUGAGAAGGAAGAGAAGGUAGCAGAAGCUUCGGAGGGAAAGGAGCAAAAGGAUGACAUUCAAGGAGCUGAUUGUUCCGAGGAAAACAAGUUAGGGGAAGGUGUGGAGGAGAAAAUAGAACAACAUGACGUUGAAGGAGAGAAGUCUCCAGGUGAUCCUGAAGAAUCUGGUUCUACUGCCAGGGAGGGCCUUGUUAUGCAAGCAGAGGGUCUCUUGGUCUCAGAGGUUGGCACAGUACCUGAAACCAACGAGAAAAAUACUAGUGUACACGAUGCGGCUGAGAAGAAUGGCGAAACAGGCGAGGCUGCUGUUGCAGAGGAAAAGAAGGAAACCGCUGUUGAAGUUGAUGAUGUUCGCCAGGCAAAAGAAGUGCUUGAGGUACAGGGUGCUGCUGCGGAUGAAGAGCUGCCUGUGAGUAGUGCAAUCCCCACAAGUAAUGAGGGAGACUCCACAGUGGUGAAGGAAGGUGAAUCAGUAACCACUUCAGCAGCUGUGAGCUCUGUGGCUGAGGCAGAGUCAGGGCUUGCUCCGCUGACUAUAGCCCCAAAUAACGGAACUGAAAAUGUGGGUUCAAAGGAUGGUGAUGUUGUCAGCUCUGCCUCCGUGGCUGUACAAGAGGCACAUAAGGCAGAGGAGGAGGAUGCAGCAGAGCAGGGGUCAAGGGUAGCCCCAGGAGAUAUUCCAGGCAGUCCGUUACUCUACAGGAAUGUAGUGGUUGAGACUAGCUCAACGCCGAAGGUGGGAGAAAUUGUUACCUUGAUAGAGAAGAAAGCCGAAAAGACAUCAAAGCCUCGACCGAUCCCUGCUGGUAAGCGUUCAAAAUCUGAUGAUCCGAAGAAGAAAUCUUCAGAUGCUAAGUCAAGCUCACAGGCUGAUAGUGAGGCAUCCUACUCAGAUACUACAGGUGAUGACCGUAGCUUGAAUCCUCACUCUGGACAAGAAGUGACAUCUGCGGCCUCCAUGAGGGCAGAAGAAGGGACACAACCUGGUGUAGAUGGGUGUGAAUCGUUGGGGUCAGAGGAAAAGGCGGCUCUAUCGGCACAGACUCCGAAGUCAACAGAAGAAGAAGCCACAGCUGUGUUGGAGAAGGGUGUAUUAAAUGCACAGGCUGGAGGGAAUGAAGCGGCUGUAAGUUGUGAGGCUGCAGCGGGUUCAGGGGCGGCUUCUAGCCCAGGUGAGGUGCCAGCUUCUGACAACCCUGCUGCAAGUGCGGAUGCCUUGAAAUCCACAGAACAGAAAGGGGCUGAAACCACUCCUUGUACGGCAACGGAAGCACCAGCGGAGGAGAACAUAAAGUCAUCAAGCAGAGAUGAGUCCACGGAGAAAGCCGGAGAGAAGUCUCCAACUAAACGCAAGAAGCUGGUGGGAAGGUUGAACCUCCAUCUGCCUCACCUGCCUAAUAUGCUGCCGUUCAUGCAGCGCCAUUCCAAGCAGAAAUCCCAGCAGUUGCAGCCAACAGAUGGUGCAGCAGGGGGUGCAGUGCCUGCUUCAGGGCCAGUGACAUCAGAGGAGCGGCCUGCUCAUGCAGGGUACAAGCGACGAAGUAUGAGUCUGCCGAGCAAGUUUUAUUCAUUCGCGGAGGGCUUACGCGGGCACAAUCGGAGGAAUUCGGAUUCUCAAAUUGUUGUUGAUAGCCCGAGCCCAUCGUCGCCACCGCAUAAGAAGGCAGCCAGCCAGCGCUCCUUUGCAAAGAUUUUCCAUCGGCGCUCGCAGUCUGAAGCAUCCACUCCACGGUCAGGCCUGUUCUCUGGAUGGAAAACCAGUGCCGUUUCUGCAUUCAAUAAGCUGCGGUCGAGGAGUCGCUCUAGAGAUGUAUCCUCGAUGUCGGAUAUUGAUGCUACCAAGGAGGGUUCAAAACUGUCACACGAUGGAGGAUCAUUAGCAUCCACAGUGGAAACAAAUGAAGCAGUCCCAGACACAGGCACCAAGCAGGAGAAUGGUCAUGCCGAAACGACGGCAGCUGACCACAAAAGUGGCAGUGAAGGGAAGGCGUCAGCAGACACGGACAAAGAUGUUGCAGUUGUUGGACAGAGGCGGCUUCCAGAUGAUGAAGCGAUAAAGUCGAAGUCUGAACCGGUUGUAUCGGCAGUUGCUUCAGAGGUGAGGAUCCAAAUAUCCUACCGAUUUGUAAAGGCGGAAGUGCCGGUCUGGGGUGGGUCGGGGUUAGAGAGGGUUGUGGGGUGGAGAGUUGAGAGAGGAAUGGGAGGAGGAUUUGAGCCCGCUUGGAGACUGAAAUGAUGAAGGGCAUGGGCGCAUCUUUUUCUGAAAAGUGAAACCGGUUAAACUGACUUGUCUGGGUGGGGAGAACAGGGAAGGAUAGUCCAAGAGCCCAGAAG